AUGAGAGAGAGAGAUCCGUGCCCAAUUCCACCGCCGCCGCCGCCACCCCCACCCAAAGAUGACCGAUUCAUUUGGGGCACUAUAACUCUAUUGUUACUUGCUGGUGGCUUCGUUGUAUAUGCUAAAGGUUCGCCAGAAAUACGCGAUUGGUUGACGCUGAACGCGCCAUGGUUCGAUGACCUUAUAGCUAUAUUGUACCAGGAGAACAUGACUUACGGAGAGUUUGCCGUUACUUGCAUCGAUGAUACCAAGAGGUUCAUUGAACGUAUGACUGGGACGAACAAACCUAAAAAGUGCUCGCUCGAAGGCGGAGAAGUACUCAAUUAUGAUGUACCCGAAGAACCAAAAAAUACUGAUGAAAAUGAAAUUGUGUGUAAGCCCGAACCUCCUCCAGUCGUCACGCAGAAUAUCUGUGAAAUCGAGCGUUGUAUGGUCGAUCUAGGAGAGACGGUUCUCAACAACUAUAAUACUGCUAAGGAAGCUUGCAUCUUCUACAAUUCGGAAGUAGAAAGCGCAAUGAAAACUUUCACCUACAAAAGUAUGAAGGAUUUGCGGAAGACUAUGGAAGAACGUAUAGAACUUGUCAAAACUUCACUUCAUAACGCCUCCACUGCUAUAAACAGACUAGCCGCAACCCUGGCUAGAUUGUGUACGGCUGAGAUCAGAAAGGAAAAGGAGGUGAAAGGAUAA